AAGAACUGAACAACAAUGCUGAGAUUUGUUGUCACCCUCCUUGCUGUCAUAACAUCAUCUACCUGCAAAAAAUACGGAUGCCUGGAAGGGGACACCCAUAAACUGAAGCCAAGCCGUGAGCCAAAUAUGCAUGAAUGCACUCUGUACUCUAAAUCUUCCUGUUGCCAUGCAGACUUCACAGAGCAAUUGGCUCAUUCCCCAGUAAUUAAAGUAAACAACAGCUACUGGAACAGAUGUGGGCAGCUCAGUAAAUCCUGUGAAGAUUUUACAAAAAAAAUCGAAUGCUUUUACCAAUGUUCUCCACAUGCUGCUCGCUGGAUCCAUCCCAACUCCACUGCUGCUAUUCAGUUUGUUCCACUGUGUCAAAGCUUCUGUGAUGAUUGGUAUGAAGCCUGCAAAGAUGAUUCCAUAUGUGUUCAUAACUGGCUGACAGACUGGGAAUGGGAUGAAAGUGGAGAAAACCGCUGUAAGAAUAAAUGUAUUCCAUACAGCGAGAUGUAUGCAAAUGGGACUGACAUGUGCCAGAAUAUGUGGGGCGAGUCAUUUAAGGUGAGCGAAUCCUCCUGCCUCUGCUUGCAAAUGAACGAGAUGGACAUGAUGGCGAUCAAGUAUCUCCUCUCUGAAAGCUCAGAAGAAAGCUCCAGCAUCAGCAGCAGUGAGGAGCGUGCCUGCCAAAAGAAACUCUUGAAGUAUGAGAAACUAAAGAAAAAGAAAGGGGAAAAUACAAGAUAA